GACACACCAGCGCACUUCUUCACACACGCGCGUGCCCAUCCUAUCCGCCCAUCCUCUCGCGCGCAUUCGGAGAGAGGACCACACGUGACACUCAAGUUGUGGUAAAGUACCACGCACGCACACGAAACACACAAAAAAGGAUGGGUCGGUCAGCAUCGGCAUCCGGCCGCGGAACUGGCUAUCGAUGCCGUGGCUGAGCAAGGCGAUCUGGUCACUAUUCCUGCUCCUGUCGUGCAUCAUGGUGUUUCACAACGUGGUUCUUCGGAGCUGGGGCAUCGGCUCCUUCGCUAGUAUCACAACACAAGUCGUACGUCAGGGCGAGCAAGGCUUUUUCAGGUCCACCCCGCUGUACGAUGCCGAGGGCAAGCCGUCCUUUCUCGCCUACGCCCGCACGCCGGCGGGAAGGUUCAUGCACAUCCUUCCUGCCGGACUUUGGAGCGUGAUCGCCCCGCUGCAGCUCAACCCGUCCUUCCGAGCGAAGCACCGCACGGCCCACCGCAGGCUGGGCCGCUUGUUCAUCUUCAUGAGCGUGAGCAUGGCCCUGGGAGUUGUUCCGAUCGUCCUCAGCGGGGCAAGCUUGAUUCGGCGCUCGGUAGCCGUCGACGGCGGACUGUUCACGCUCGCGGCCUACUUCCUAGCGACGGGCGUGCUCGCGGCGACUCACGCGAGAAGCAAGCGGUUCGCCGACCACAGGAUAUGGAUCCUACGGCACGUCGCAAUGGGCUACGCGGCCCACGUGCAGCGCCUGCUGGCGGCCCUCAGUUGGUGGGCUAUCCCUCUCGUCGCUCCCGCCAAGUACACCGAACUUUCUCCCGAGGGCGCCCUGCUACGCGGCGAUGUAUUCGGUGGUUACUUUCUCGUUAGCAUCGUCCUGUGCGUGGGGUUGAUGGAAAUGUGGCUGCGACACACCACCACCGCCUCUGGUACCUUGCGGGAGGAAAGGGAUCAGGAUAAGCCUGCUACGAAGACCGCAUGA